AUGCCGGGGUCCAUGCUGCUGCUGCUGCUGCUGUCCCUGUUGGUGCUGUCCACAGGAAGUGAUGCCAGAAGAAUCAGGAAUAAAAGAGGACUCAACCAAAAGGAUUACGAGUACCCCAACCACCCCCAGUCCACGCAGCACCAGAAGAACGACCGGUGUCCUCCUCCGCCCCAGAUGCUGCCGGAGCGAGCCUGCGAGGUGCCGGGCUGCCGCUCGGACUCGGAGUGCGAGCGCCACAAGCGCUGCUGCUACAACGGCUGCAUCUACGCCUGCCUGGAGUCCGUUCAGCCUCCACCAGUGCUGGACUGGCUGGUGCAGCCCAAGCCUCGGUGGUUGGGGGGGAACGGCUGGCUGCUUGACGGCCCUGAAGAGGUUCUGCAAGCCGAGGCCUGCAGCACGACUGAGGAUGGAGACGAGCCCCUUCACUGCCCCACCGGCUACGAGUGCCACAUCAUCAACCAGGGAAACCCGGCCGCCGGUAUCCCCAACCGGGGUCAGUGCAUCAAGCAGCGUGGGAACUCCGACGGUCGGGGCCUGAGGCACAAAUACUUCAAGGACUACAAGGACUACUUAGGUAAGUGAGGAACCAGCUCUAACAAUGCAGUAGGCUUCGACAAACUUCAGCACAAGCACCUGGGAUGA